CUACAACAAGAUGGCGUCUACAAGGCCACUCUUGGCCCAAUUAAAUAGGCUCUGUAUAUCAUCGGGUCCCAGGCCCAUGGUAUACCGCCCUGCAGCCCUCAUACACAACUCUAUCCAGCAACGCUUUGCUGCCAAAAAGGCAGGCCCGAACAAGUACGCCGAGAAAAGGAAAGCCCAAAAGCUGGCGGAGAAAAAGAAGAGAAAGCCAAGGACUUCCUACAUUCAGUACAACCUUAAUGAUGCCGACCAAUUUGCGCUUUGCGAUGCCAUGCGCUAUAUUAGAGCCGCAGAGGUCGGCAGGCCUGCAACGCAAGUCAAAUACGAAGUGGCGCUGAAAGUCAAGUCAGUCAAGAACGGGCCUGUUAUGCGCAAUCGACUACGCCUCCCUUAUCCCGUAAAGACAGACCUACGAAUCUGUGUCAUCUGUCCGCCAGAUUCGAAAUACGCGGAAGCUGCCCGAGCAGCAGGAGCAUCACUUGUUGGCGAGGAGGAGAUCUUCGACGCGAUAAAAGAUGGGAGGAUCGAAUUUGAUCGCUGCAUAGCGCAGUCUGAAUCGUUACCAAAGAUGAAUAAGGCUGCGUUGGGAAGAAUCCUCGGACCAAGGGGUCUGAUGCCCAGCUCAAAAACCGGCACUGUGGUGAAGGACCCAGCUGUUGCUGUCAGGGAAAUGGUUGGAGGCGCAGAGUACAGGGAACGUUUGGGGGUAGUACGCAUGGCAAUUGGGCAGUUGGGGUUCACACCGGAGAUGGUGCAAGAUAACAUCAAGGUUUUCGUGGAGUCGGUAAAGAAGGAUAUGGCACAACUGAGCGAGAAAGUCAACAAGGAGAUUGCGGAGGUCGUGUUGAGCUCGACAAAUGGACCGGGCAUGACUCUGAGCGGCGAUUUCAGAAGCCCGACGUCAACAAUCAGUCCAAAGGAUCUGACAGUAUUAUAGAGCAAUAGCUUGUAUUUUUAGUUGUACAGUACAAUAUUCACAUUGUCUUUCCCG